CAGGCUUAGAAUGACGGUGAAACAUCUAGAUGGUCGAUUUAGCCGCGAACGUUUGAGCGUAUAAGUGAAAAUUGUAUAAUUGUUUAUCGCUUAGUUCCUUUACGUUCCGAGCGAGUGGUGUUUUUUUAUAAUAGAAAAAGGAGUUCACCUGGAUUUUAAACACAGUUUUCGUUACCUACAUGCACACGCUAUACUAAUAUAGAAUUGGAGUUUACGUACGAGAAAUAUACCUCGUGGGUACAUUAAGGACUAAUUCAUAUACCUAAUGUUAGAACGAGAUAUUACCCGAUUGAAAUUUGGACAUAUAUUGUUUGAUACCAACAGAUGAUGGGCUUCCACUGUAUAACGUUCAAACGAUUUUUACUUCAACAUUGGAGUGUAUUUGCUGUGAUAUGUUUAACUUUCCUGGUGGCACAGACGGACGGACAGAGAUUUAACCCGAGGGACCCGCGCAACUUCCCGCCACAUGACGCACAAAGGUCAGCUCGAGGUCGAGGUCGAGAUCCGUUCCCUAGCAACAGGAGAUUCGAUACCAGAGAUGAUUUGCGAAACAGGGCCGACGUGACUCGGGAACGAUUACCUGAUUCGGGCAGACGGAGAGACAUACCCUUAAGGCGGGAAAGGGAAAGGGCUAUAUUUAGAGAUGGUCUUUCAAGAAGAGAUCACCUUAGAGGACGUAGUGCGCGCAGGAAUAUUCCAAGCGGUAGACGAGAAAGUAGUACCAGAAUAAAUAAUCUGGAUUAUCGCGAUCCUUAUUUUCGCGAUGAACGUUUUCGAGGGGAUACCAGAGACAGGUUCAUAGACAGUUCUCGCUCUAGCAGAUUACCACGUGAAAGAACACGUGAUAUACAAUCAAUGCGUGAUGUGACAUCCCAUCGUGACUUCAUAAGUGACUUUGACAGACGUCAGACAGGAGUAGGCGGGAAUGAAAAUAUCAGACGCGCGACUUUACCCACUCGUGAUAUUUCAAGGGAUUUAACACGUGAAAAUAGACAUUUAGAAGCGUUUACCUCAAAACCAGUAUCAAAUUUUAGGCCAGUUCCCGCUAUAAGACCAAGUGUCCAAACAGCGCAAUAUAUUCCUAUAGUUAGUCGCUAUAACCAUUUUAAACCCUACCCCAGACAUAUUGUUCAGAAUGUCGAUUAUAGUAACUUACAUAUAAAUGUCCGAAAUAGGAUGAAUCCGAAUAGUGUGCAAGUACAUACGAACAAUUCCAAUGCAAAUGUUCAAACAAACAACCAUUUACGUCAACACAGUCAAGUUUCAAGUCCUCGUGCACAUGUGAACGAUCCCGGUCCUACUGAGACAUCAUUUCGCCAAACUUUCGUACCAUCCGUUAUCCCAGAUGUUCAACCGACCGGAAGGGCCGAAGUAGUGACAGGAAACAUCAAUACGCAUGUGCAACCAUCAGGAACGCCAAUUCCAACGCAAGCAGUCCAGCAGGUGCCCGUACAGCAAUUGGCUGCAAGUACCGCGUCACAAGGCACACCGAUGACGUCAUUAACGAGGGCAAUAUUUCAAGCACUUGGCCUUCCGUCGGAUUCUCCCGCACAGACGUCUGUACAAAUCCCAAAUGGCGCUACUUCACAAAAUACGAAUACAGGCAUUCUAGGUUCAGUGCUAGGAAUUAAUCCAAAUGCUGUUUACACGCACAACGUUGCGUCGUCGGUGAAUACAAUUUAUCAACCAAACGGUCUUCCAAGCAUAGGGUUUCCAACAUACCCGGCCAUGAAUCGCUUACUUGGUGCCAACCACUUUUAUCCCGGGUUGUUUUUCGGCGGGGAAUCGCCUGACUCCCCGCCCGAUCCGCCGGAUCCCACUCCACCGGCACAGAAAGCUACUGAACCUACGCUUGCAAACAAAAUUGCUAACGCCCUUCAAAACCCUGAUCCAACAACUUUAGUUGACGUGCUAGUUGCUGAACUUUCGAAAGGGGUGGCUAAUGUAAGCACUCCCGUAAGCGAGGGUAGCAACGGUAAUAACGGAGGUGGUGGGGAAGAGGAAGAGAUUGAAUGGGAGGAUUUACCGCCCACUACCACAACCACCACAACUACCACCACCACCACAACGGCACCAACGACGACGACAACUACCCUUGCUCCAACAACAACGACGACACAAGCCUCUACCACGACUUCACUACCUACGCCACCAAGUACAACAGUAUCAAGUCUUGUUCAAUCGUUAGCUCAGAGAAUAAUCUCAUUGUUAACACCAAGUAGCGCAGCUAUCGGAAAUAAGGCGGCACCUCCGCCAUCCAUAGUUGACCAUAACGCGCAACUACUGAAUUUAAAGCCAACAGCAAAUUCUGCGUCAGCUGAUAAAUAUAUUCCUGCACUAAAUAAUAUUGAUCCAUCUUCUUCACCAAGUGUUCAAACCACCUUUCGACCAACUCUUGGAAUGGUUACAGAAAAUUCUCGACCAAAUCUACUUUGGAAUCCAAAACAAAGACCGCAAACGAAUUUCCAUGCUAAAGACACAGCUCCAAGAAUACCCCAACACAAUCUAACAUCAGCAAACAUUGAUGUAGUUCGACCAGCCCUUAUGAAACAACAAGCUCCAAGAGGUCGGUUUGGUUCUCCUUCCCAGACAAGACACACUGUCUACAUUAUAAGAAGGAGGCCCUCUAAUCGGAUACCGAAUGUGAACGCUGGUGAGUCACAAUCUGGCGUCAACUCUAAACCUGUCAAUGUUAUAACCAGAUCUUCGUCGAUCAAACAGAUCGCUGGUCUGCGAGGAAAUGCUAUUCAAACACCAAAAAGUCAACUUAACAUUCCAGCUGUAUUAGAAAGCAAUAAGCAAUCUAUGGUUCCGCAGAAAAUCUCUUCUGGAGUUAGUUCCCGUGAUGUUCAUAGACAACCACAAAAUUCACAAAUCGGUACUGGCAAUAGCGCACCUGUUGUUAUUCAACGCAACAACCAUCAACAAUAUCAACAAGGUCAUGAACAAAAUCAACCUCACGGGCAACAGCAAAUGCAGCAGCAGCAGCAACAAAAGCAAAAACAGCAAUACCGACAACAACAAAAACAACAAAAACAACAGCAGAUACAAGUAGAGCACUCCCAACGCCAACAACAACAACAACAAAAACUACAACAACAACAACAUCGACAACAACAAAAUCAACAACAACAACAACAGCAAAACCAACAACAACGACAACAACACGGAAAACAACAACAACAACAACAACAGCAGCAACAACAGCAUCAUCAUCAACAACAACAUCAUCAGAUUCAAACACAACCUCUUGUUGUUUCAAGAACUGAUAAUAACUCUGGACCACUCAACGUAUCCCCGGUUGAAGCCAUUCAAAGUUUACCACAAUUGCCAACUCUGCAUGAUGUUGGUAUAAACGCAGCUCAGUUCAUGUCAAGCAACGACAUCGGGGGGCUGAAGAUUAAGAAAAUUCCAAAUGCGCUAUCACCAAGAGUAGAUCUGGCACCACAGUUUAAACCUUUCAGCAUCCAGUCUCCAAAAAAUGACAUUCAGCCAGUUGCGAAUACGAAUACAGCUUUUUCCAAUUUAGGCAAUAUUGCCGGGGCACCGAUCGGUGUUGUUGACAUUAAGCCAAUCGGUGCUAAUGAUAUCACAACGUCAUCAAACGUUAACAUCAAACCAGUGCCCGCAAGUGUGACGUCAUCACAAAAUGGAAUUAGGACAGGAGCUAAUGGCGGUAAUGGUGUAUAUGAUCUUUUACAGAGUUUGAAGCUACUGCUAGCGCCGACAACACAUCAACCUUCCCCGACGACAACACCGACACCGACAACGACAACUACACAAGUCCCAUUACCUGUGAGCUCUGAUAGAACUGAUUUAUUCAAAAGUUUUCAGCAGUCUUUACAAUCGGUUGGUGUUGUGGAACCUGGAACUGUAGAUUUGUUAGCAAGUUUGCGAAAUUUGCUUAGCGGACAGGAUGCAUUAACGACAACUCCAGCCACAACGACAACUCCAGCCACAACGACGACUCUUCAAACGACAUUAGCAUCAACAACACCAGCACCAUGUACGCCUAGGUCUCCGGAAUUUACCUGUGAAGGCAAAGACAUGUUUUCGACGAUGGCUUCAAUGAGCGCCUGGUGCCUUGGAAUGUGCAUCAAGAACGCAUGCGUAGAGACCGUCUGCACGUGCGGGUGUAAUAUCACUUCCGGUUUGAAAUAUCGUCAGCAAGCGAGAGCAAAUCAGCAGCUGCACCCGUGGGGUGGUCAGAAUCCUUGGCAGCAAAUGCGUCCGACAUCAACGCCUAAACCGGAAGUGACAACUGAUGAGCCCCCGGAAGAAGAAGAGUACGAGGCGGAGGACGGGACCACAACGCCUGCGCCGCCGUCCACGACGAUGCAUUGGUUUCCAUGGGGUUUUCCACCGUCGACUCCAUCUCCAAUGUUGGACUUCAAAUUGAACCCGUUAGACCAGCAUAGUUCGAGUGCCCAAAAGAAGCACGUUGCGAAUAUCAACAAUGUGGCCUGGGGUUCCGAGGCGCAGCAACGAUUGUCAGAAAUGGCGGUUAGCCCGAAGGCGACACCCGCUAAAACUGAACCCACUACUGCAGCGGCAAGACUUCCGGACUGGGGAGGCACAGAAUGGCAGCUUCCGGCUCCCAAACCCGACCCCACCCCGUCGGGACGAAACUGGCAACGACGACGCUUGAGAGCGAAAUGGAGUAGGAACGAACGUUUCAGUAGUUUAAUCAAUCCGGAAACACAGCCGACCAGUAAACCGGAACAACCUGCCCAACCCGCCAUGCCUUCACAGAUGUGGUCGGGAUCGAUGCCAAUGAUGGGGAUGCCCAAUAUGAUGAUGCCAAUGCCGAUGAUGAUGCCAUUUCCGGGUCAGUUUGGUGCGGGUAUGAGGUUUAACUGGAGAAGUCCAUCUAGCGGGGAAGAAGGUGGAGGAGAGGGUGGAGGAAACGAGGCUAAUGAUUAAAUGAUAUGAAAUCGACUGCGUAUUGGUCUUAAUGACGUCAUUAUCAGGGAAUGAUAUCAACUCUUGGAAACGAAUUAAACAUUGGGAAAUGUUUCUUCUUUUUGGAUUCGAAGUGAAGAUUUUGUUUCGAAAGUUCUGAUUGGUUUAGCUUAAAGCCUCAUUAUGAAAAACUUCGUUUUGUAUAACCUUUUGGUUGAGCGUUUCAUCAUUUCCGGUCUCAUGCAUUUAUGACGUCAGUAAUAGUCUACAAAUAUGCCAUAGAGGGCGUGAUCAUUUCUAGUAUUUAUGUUGUAGUUAAUUUAUUGUUGAUUACGCUGCCUGUGCUCGUAUUUAUUAAUACAUUUGUUAUGUCUCAAUCGCGAUUAUAAAAGCGAUAAGUUCACUAGGUGUUGGUUAAAACUUGAAUGUUCCGUUGACUAUGCAACUUAACCAGGGACAGUAUUCAAUAUAAUUAUUAUCCUUAACCUUAGAUAUGCAUCAUAUGCAACCUGUUUUUACUGUCCAAUCAAAACACUUGAAUUCUUAUCUUAAAAUUAAGAAAAGUCUUAUACUUCGAAUAUUUUAAUAUGAAUAAAAAACAUGUUUCGUUCUUAAAACUAAGAAGGGAAAUGCAUUUCGAUGAGUUUGCGCUUUGUUUUUGUUUGAUAAAUAUAACCACAUUGACAAAGUUCACGAAUAUGUUCUUCUUUCAUCGUAAUUGCCAAUUAAAUCAAAUUUCUCGAAAAGCUAUAAUUUCAAGAUUAAUUAAAUUCAAUUAUACUGAUUGAUUGCUUUUGUCACAUGGCAAUCAAUUUUGUUGCAACUUUUUUGCGUUAAAGGGACUAAUUCACAAAAAUUAUGGUAAAAAAGCAACAAGCGGAAAGUCGUUUAAGGUGACCCAUCUAUCAAUCUAUAAAUGCAUAUCAUUGUUACUGGUAAAGUUUCAUUUUCAAGUUACAAAAUGUAAAGUUUGAAUAUUCUGAAAGUUUUCACCGAGAGCUUCUAUGUAUAAACAUUAUGUUAUUAAAGAAAUAAAUUUAUAACAUUGCUAAAUGAUCAUAUAAAAUUUCGAUAUUAUACCUUCCUUUACAUUAUCCUAUGGCAAUAGUAGAGUCAUUUUGAUGUUGUUAAAAAUGUAGGCCAUGUAAAAUAACAUAAAGGUCUAUAAAAUAGUUUAGUAUAGUGACAAUCUCAAUGUUAAAAUCUAAAAUGCACAUAUAUGCAUCCUAUUGAUGUUAACAUUAUUACCAUGUUAACAUUAUAACCAUAUUUCAAAUAACAGAGAAUUAAUAUUGAAUGUAAUCUGUAUCAGAGAUAUUAAACAAUAUUACACCAUGGUUAAAUUAAUUUCGUUAAUAUUAUUAUUGGAGGGUCACUUAAUACCAGUACACAUUUUACAAGCAAUUAUUAUUUUUGAUGUCUGACCGGAUAAGACGUGAAUAAGUCCCUUUAAAAAUUAACAAUUCAUACAAUCUAUCAAUGUUCAAGUUUUGUUAUCUAAUGUUAUAAAUGCACAAUAUUGCAUAUUAAAUCAUGAAAUGUGUGAAAAGUACGCAAUAAAUUUAAUGUGUUCAUCACAUAUAUUUUCCUGUUUCGUAUUUAUGUGUUAUUGCUGAGGCGUGUACUUCAAUCGCGGUUAAACAUCUGUUUAAAAUAAGUGACGUCAUAAGCGACAAUGAGUCCAUAUGAAGAAGAAAAGUGAUGUCUUACUUUUUCCGAAGUUUCGUGCAUUAUAACCUUUUUGAUACAGAUUUUCAAAAAGGUUCUUUUAUCAAAUUGUACUAAUUGUUAAAAAAAAUAAUUCUAUAUUUUGAUAAAAUCUGCUGGUUUUUUUUAUUGUUAACAUGAAUACAGCAACAGGUCAGUUUUUGACGUCAUAUGGAAUGAAAAGUUUUAAAUUACGCACUCCUGGAUUUUAUCAACGUUUUUCCUUUUUGUCUGAGUUAGAGUUUGUUUCUUCUUGAACGAUGUAACACCAUGCCAUAUAUAUAUAUAUAUAUACCAUACUAGUAUGUUUGGUCGUUUUCAGCGUUCACAAUGACAAAAUGACUUUUUUUAUUUUCUAAUGUUGUCUUAGGUUGUUCGUCUAAUAGUAUUUGUCUCAUAUUAUUUUUCUGAGAUUAUUUCUCGAAGUCUAUAUGUGUGAAAUUGUCUUAAGUUAUUUGUCUAAAUGUGUUUGUCUAAACUGGUUUGUCACAGUUUAUUUGUCUAAUAUUUUUUGUCUCAUGUUAUUUGUCUGAGAUCGUUUCUCUAAGUCUAUAUGUGUGAAAUUGUCUUAAGUUAUUUGUCUAAAUGUGUUUGUCCUAACGGAUUUGUCUAUGGUUUUGUAUGUGAAUUUGAUUGUGUUAACUGAUUUAUCGAAGGUUAUUUAUCUCAUGUUAUUUGUCAGAAGUGUUGUGUCUAAAGUUAUUUGUCUGAAGUUAUUUGUCUAUAGUCAUUUGUCUAAAGUGUUGUGUCUAAGGUUAUUUGUCUAAAGUUAUUUGUCUAAAGUUAUUUGUCUAAAGUUAUUUGUUUAAAGGUAUUUGUCUAAAGUGGUGUGUCUACAGUUAUUUGUCUAAAGUUAUAUGUCUAAAGUGUUGUGUCUAAAGUUAUUUGUCUAAAGUUAUUUGUCUAAAGUUAUUUGUUUAAAGUUAUUUGUCUAAAGUGGUGUGUCUACAGUUAUUUGUCUAAAGUUAUAUGUCUAAAGUGUUGUGUCUAAAGUUAUUUGUCUAAAGUUAUUUGUCUAAAGUUAUUUGUUUAAAGUUAUUUGACUAAGGUUAUUUGACUCAAGUUAUUAGUCCAAAGGUAUUUGUCUAUAUUGUGUUAAGUUAUUUGUGUCAUUUUUUAUCAAAAGUUAUUCGUCUAAAAUAUUUGUCCAUCGAUUUAGUAUAUAAUUAUGAUGACAUUGGUUCUCACGUCAGAACGGUGACCAGUAGGCGGCGCUCUUAAUAAAGCGUUUUUGUUUUUCUAUUGUCAUAAUAAGAAAUGGCCAUACAUUCUGUAAAGACAUAGACAAACGUUUAAUGUAUUAGAUAUCAUGUAAAUGCUUUUUUUUGUUAAUCUCAAAUAUCGUUAAAACUGUUUUCAUUGAUAUUCAUAACGACGGAUAAUUGAGAUUGAAAUAUUAUAGCAAUAUUUGUCGAAAGUUUUUUCAUUGAAAUUAGAUAAACGAGAAAAUGCACCUGUAUAAAACUAUUAAUAUUAUUGUGUUUUUUCUUCAUUUUGACAGAUCUUAUAUGUUUGUAAUGAUAUGAUAUGCACUUACAUGGAAAAGUCGAUGAUUCAUCUUUUACUUGUUAUAUUUAGACAUUUAAUUGACGCGUCUUUUCCCCAUUUAAGUUAUGCAGUUUGUGUUCUA